AAACUCCGCCUCCGGUCUCAGAUCAUCUCGCAUUCUUUCUUCACGGUCCCUCAAGCUGGAGGAUAGAGAGAGAAAGGGAAGGAGAGGGGCAAGAAGAAGGGCACCCACGGAAAAAGAAGGGGCGCAGCGAAACGACCAUGGCAUUAUCCACCACGUCUCAUUGUGAGAGAGAGUCCGAUCCCAGCGCUCUUCUGCCACAGUCGGCCGCCGCACGGAGCCUGCAGGCGCACAACAGACAGACUCCUGAUAAAUGAGAGGAGCUGCACCUGGGCCGUGGACACGAUGAGGGUCAUCUUCACCCAAAACGCCGGUUUUGUCGCAGCUUUUUCGCCUUUUUUGUGAUGUUGGCAGCGUGUAGGACGACAGAUGAUGUGAGCAACGUAGAAUUAACCAUUGAUAGAUUAUACCUGUCAGCUGAGCAACAAGGAAAUUCAUUUCUUUAGUUUUUUCCUCCUUUCAAUGGGAUAGAUCUUGGAUUUAUAGCCUUUUAUAGCCAAUAUAAUUAAACCACAUCUGGUCAAAAUCUGACUACUGUUUAUAUUUCAUCAUAUUAUUGGCACUAUAAUUGAUUUUAUGCAGCUAUUGCAUGUAUUAGGUUAUUAUAGACCGAUUAUUUAAUGCUGCAUUAGUGGCUAAUUCAUUCGUAUCGACUAUAUAACAAUAUGAGUUAAGAGGAGUUUGUGUUUGCUUUAAUUAAGUCAGUCGAUCAACCAAGACAAUCAGUAAACAAUAGAUUCCUCAUGUGAUAGCAUCACUAUUUUGUAAGUUAUUUAUUUAUUAUUACUACUAUUAGCUCUAUAGGUGAUAGAUUUUAAGUUAGAUAUUUGAAAGUGGGGAGGUCGUUGGAGAGAUGGAGACGGUUUAUGUAUCACACCGGGGGGCGGCCGGUCCCGAGUCCCAGAGAGGCCAGGGCGGCGCGGCGCGCGAACAGCCGUGGGUUGUCCUCUCCAGCCCUGCAUCCCCGGUUUCACCUGCCGGCAGCUCACCUGAGGGGACCCCGGCCAGUAGUGAUGGACGGAGGAACUCGGGUGUGAAGAAACACCACCACAAGCACAACCUCAAACACCGCUACGAGCUCCUGGAGACGCUGGGGAGAGGCACCUAUGGGAAAGUCAAGAAGGCCACAGAGAGGCACUCCGGCAGAGAGGUGGCGAUUAAAUCCAUCAGAAAAGAGAAAAUCAAGGACGAACAGGACAUGGUGCACAUCCGCAGAGAGAUUGAAAUUAUGUCAACCCUCCGCCACCCACACAUCAUCUCUAUCUAUGAAGUGUUUGAGAACAAGGACAAAAUCGUGAUUGUGAUGGAGUAUGCCAGUAAAGGCGAGUUGUACGACUACAUCAGCGAGCGUCGGCGCCUGAGUGAACGGGAGACGCGACACUUCUUCAGACAGAUCGUCUCUGCUGUGCACCACUGCCAUAAGAACGGUGUGGUGCACAGGGACCUGAAACUGGAAAACGUGCUACUGGAUGAAAACUGUAAUAUCAAGAUUGCUGACUUUGGGCUGUCCAACCUCUAUCACAAGGAUAAACUGCUGCAAACUUUCUGUGGCAGCCCGCUCUAUGCUUCACCAGAGAUUGUCAAUGGAAGACCAUACCGUGGCCCAGAGGUGGACAGCUGGGCUCUCGGGGUGCUGCUGUAUACCCUGGUCUAUGGAACAAUGCCAUUUGAUGGGGGAGACCACAAGAACCUCAUUCGCCAGAUCAGCAACGGCGAUUACAAAGAGCCCACACAAUCCUCAGAUGCCCGUGGACUGAUCCGCUGGAUGCUGAUGGUGAAUCCUGAGCGCCGAGCCACCGUGGAGGACAUAGCUAAUCACUGGUGGGUCAACUGGGGCUGGAAGAACAGUGUGUGUGACUGCGAGACCCAACGAGACCACGGAGGCUCGCCCAUGUUGGCACGUUUCAUCGACUGGCAGAACCGUACUGAGCCACGAGGUACCGUAGCCAAAUCUGCAGCCGUUCUCCAUAUGAUGCGCCAGAGGCCCAAAAAAUCUAAGAAGGAAAAUGUUGAAGCCGGACAGUCCCUCAGCGGAGCAGAGGACAAGCCAGGUUUGAAGAGACCCAAGGGCAUUUUGAAGACCAGGGCAACUGAGGAGCAGCAGUCUGCCAGUCUUGGAGAAGUGGAGCUGAGUCAAGCAGCAUUGCCUCAGCAAGCUGAAGGUGGAGAGGAGGCUUCGAGCCCAGAAAGAGAGGAAGAGGAGCCAAGUCUAGGAGGGGGCUCGCCGGCUAAGAUGGUACCUACUCUACCGAAGAAAGGCAUCUUGAAGAACAACCAGCAGCGGGAAUCAGGGUACUAUUCCUCCCCAGAGCGCAGCGAGUCCUCUGAGCUUUUAGGAGGAGCCAGCAUGUCUCUGUUAGCCACUUCUCCACCCAAAAGGGCCAUGGGGAGAAAGGGCAUCCUGAAGAGAAACGGCAAGUACUCCACCUACAGCGGGCCACCCUCUUCAGCAGGAGUAUCAGGAAUCAUCGGCGAACCUCCUCCACCUGCCGACUCUGGUUUGUCACGCAGUCAGAGUCGGCCCUCCAGCAUAGUGGGGGAGGACAGCUCUGUCCUGUCCCUGUCACCGAGUUCCCUCAGUGGGGCCGAGUGGCACCCCUCCACCCCACAUCUCCGCCCAAACAUCAGGGCCUGCGUCUCAGCUGAAAACCUGCUGCAGCUUGCCAACUUCAAGGGCUUCCAGGCAGCUCCGCCUCUUCAGGGACCUAAGAUUAGUCGGGGCCCCAAAGCAAAAGGCUCCCCGGGGGACAACGGCAGCUUCUCCUUGCUGGGGGAUCUGGAGGACAUGACUCAGGUGUACCAGCAAGCCCUGGACAUCAGCAGUAAAUUCAGCUAAAGAACGGGCGGUGGAGAGAAAAGCAGCCAAGGGAUUCAAGUGUGUGUGUGUGUGUGUGUGUGUGUGUGUGUGUGUGUGUGUGUGUGUGUGUGUGUGUGUGUGUGUGUGUGUGUGUGUGUGUGUGUCAGACAUUAACGACCAGUGUAUUACUGGGAUUCACCUGUAGGGAGGCUGCAAGUUCUCAAAUUGGGUUGAAAUCUUGAUUCAUGCAAUAUCAUCUUGCUCUCUCACACACACACACACACACACACACACACACACACACACACACACACAGUUAUUUGGCCAAAUUCACUGAAGGUUUUUGAACAGGAGAGGCUCAGAGUUGGCACGAGAGAAUGCCACCCAUUCUGCUUUCUCGGCCCGCCCGUAGACUUUGCUGCAUUCAACAUGUUUACAUAUUUAGCAAGAAGGCAAGUUGAAAUCACAAACGCUGCAACCAGAAACUCGUUGGCUCUCUUCUUACACCACCCAUGUUGAAUAGGAGUUUACAAAAGCACCUUAAAAACUCACAUAGAGCACACGCUUUUGUGAUCUUAACUUCCUUUAAAAAGAAGAAACAAACCAGGGUCUUGUUUAAAAAAUUUUUUAAUUUUUAUUUAUUAAUAUUUUUAAGUUUUUGGUGUGAAACUGGCGGGUGUCUGGCUGUUACUGGAAGCUCCGUGUCUCCAGCUCUUUUUGUGAAACUGACAUAUAUAAUUAAGUUACUCAGCGAUAAGAAACGUUUAUACCCGUAAUAUAAUAUAACUGCGCAUGUAACUAACGCAGGCAAGUGUAUCUCCUGAAAAGUGUGUGUCCUAUAUAUGCGUAUGAUACUAGGGAAAAUGUAGGAAGUGCCUUUUUUGAUUCAUAACAAAAUUAUGUAUGUCAUUUCCUUAAAGUGGAGGGGAAAGCCAGACCACCUUUUUACCAGUUUGGAUUUAUUUUUGAUGUUUUUGGAGAAUGUGGAGAAACGCAGGGCCUUCGGAGCAAAGCUGACUCACUUCUUUUUAGGGUUCAAAAGUCAAACAAGGUCAAUCCGACCUCUUUUUUCCUGCCGUGUGCCCACUUCCAUACAAAUCCACCAGCAUCUGCAGGCCACGUCGUUCAUAGCAGAGUUUAAACCAGAUAUUAAACACAUUUAGUGAAAUGUACCCUUUUGGUAAGAGAUGCAGUUUAUAAUUUUACCUUUUUUUUAACCAAAGAUAUUUAAGGUGUUUUCUAUUGUGGGACUAGUUAAUAUUUCACCCACAGCUCUUCGAAAGAGCUAAGUAAGGUGGUUUUGUUUUAGCUUGUCGAUGACACGGCAAAUUCCUGAGACUAAAACCAGAGACGUGCUCAUGCUAGAGAUCUCUUAUCAGCCCGCAGACCGGACUCGGCACAGGUGGGAUCCGUGGUCUGUGCUCAGCAGCACCCCCUCCAGCUGUGUGUUCAGUUCAUUAUGUCGACCAAGCACAAUCCGCCAGCCAUUGUUUUUAUUCGAGCGUACGAGUGGGGUAGAGAUAGCUGCAGGCGGAGGACAAAGUGUGUGAAAGAGAUGUGAUGAAGGGAUUUGAGAGGGCUUUAUUUUUUGUGUGAAACACAGAAAAAAUGGUCAAGAUGGAUUUAUUUCAUGAGGGAUUUGUUAUGUAGACUAGUGGAAGUAAAGAAAGUGAGUAGAAAGAGUAGAUGGAAGUUAUUAUUUUUGUUUGUUUGUUUGUUUUAAACCAAAGAUGUGAUGAGGUUUAAGUUAAGAGGAAAUGUGCAGGUUGAGUUUUUAACUUGACGAUCCCCGAUGGCGAUUGUGUUAAUCCCUACUAUGGUCGUACCUCACUUACAAUCCACGUGUGUUCUUUUGUUUUUAGUUUUGGAUGCUGGAGGCUGUUGAUGCAGCUUGUGUAGUGGUCCAGUGUUCGACUGCGUGGCCUUGGAAAGCAUGUUACGUGUUUUAACGGGGCAAAGAUCCUGGAGAACCAUGACCGAGUAUCAAAUGAUGCGGAUGGGAAAACAUGCGGUAGAUGACCCCAGAUAAAAUAAAAAGAUCCUGAAUGUUUUCAGUAGUCAGCCCAUGUGAAGGAAAGAUCCUGGCGUUUAACGAAAGACUCAAUGCUUAUUAUAUUGUAUUUUAUUGCUUUUAUUGUGUAUUGCCUUUUAUUGUCAACUGGAUUAACAGUGAGAAAAUUAUACUAUGUUAGUAUUUUGUGUUAUUAUGCUUCUGUUUUUGAUUUUCCAAAAUGUAAGAAAUGUUAUAUUGCUUUUAUGUACGGUGGGAAAAUACUUCCUUAUCUUGAAGUAUUGAGAAUUUCUCUCAGAAAAAAAAACUGAUCUAAUGUGAAAUUGGGGUUUUAAUUUCAUUACCUGCUGUUUUUGGUACACCUGAGGGUAAAACUACCCUUAAGUGGGGGAAAAGAAGAUUCAAAGCUUUACAAGGAAUUUGGUAAAGUGCCAAUAUUUACCCCGAGGAAACUGGACUCCUUAGUCUACCAAAGAAGCGGAGGUCCAACGAUAACUGGGCCAAACAAAGCAAUGUAAAGAACCCAAUGAUGAAAGUUUAACUUUGCCAAACUGGAAAUAGAUGAUGCAUAUCUGCUAGCAGAAAGCUUAAUCAUAGGAAAACUUGACUGGAUAUUGUUAUGACAACAAUAAUAAUAAUAAUGAAUUAGUAUUAUUAUCUUAUUUAAGUAUUAAUUUGUUUACUGCUCAUUACUUUUGUUUUUGUGUGGGUGGGGUGGGGGUGGGCUGAUCCUGGACUGCCAAGGUUUAGGUUGUGUGCCUUUGGUAUUUUUUGUGAACUUUUAAUUUUUUUAUAUUAAAAAUUGUAUUUGCAUUUAUUGAUCAAGCCAUUUUAGACAGUGUGUUGUGAUUUAGACACACUGCGUACAAUUAAAAAUGUCUCAAAUGGAGUGGUUUCAUCUCAUCUGGGGAGCAGCGGUUUAGCGUGUUAGGAGUUUCUCAAAGCCUGUAAUAUGUCUUAAUUCACAUUUCAGGUCGACACAAUGCCCCUGUUUCACUGUAUCAACCCAAAUAAACUGAUCUUGAAACUUC